AGAGACAUUGUCAGGAUGAUCGUGUUAUGGGUUACACUGUUUAUUCUUCAUCAAGGAUAUACACUUAUUCCAGUAACUACAGUUCAACUUGGUGAACCUGUAACCUUCACAUGUGUCCUGCCAAAGAGUGACUUAAGCCGUAGAGUCCACUGGUACAAGCAAAGUGCCGGAGACACUCUAAAAUUCAUUUGGGCACUGAAGGAACCUGCAACACCUGAGCUUGCACCCGAGUUUUCUGACCCCAGAUGGAAGGUUAAUUACAAUAAAAAUGUUACUAACCUGACCAUUUUGAGGACAAACCAAGAGGACGAGGGAAUCUAUCACUGUGGAAUCACACAAUGGCUCACAAAUACUAACUGGACCGGGACAUAUCUGUUAGUAAAAGGAAACACCCAGAGGACAAACUAUACUGUUGUUCAGGAGAAGACAGUCCCUCCUGCAGGCUCAGUGACUCUUCAGUGCUCAGUCCUCUCUGACUCUGAUAACAGAACAUGUCCAGGCGGGCUCAGAGUGUUCUGGUUCAGGGAAGAAUCACAUACAUCUCAUCCUGGCAUCAUUUAUACUGAUAGAAACAGACAUCAUGAAUGCAAAAAAAGAUCUGGGACUGAGCAGAGUUGUGUUUAUCAUUUCUCUAAGAGCAUCAGCUCCUCUGAUGAAGGGACUUACUACUGUGCUGUGGCCACAUGUGGACAGAUAAUGUUUGGAAAUGGAACUAAACUUGACAUUAAAGGGAGCAGCGCGUGGUCACAGACAGCCAGUACAGUUAUUUUUGUGCUAUGCCCUGUCCUGAUUCUGAUUGUUCUUACUGUUCUCAUUUACAUGAUCAAGAAAACCAACAGUUGCAAAGCUGCUGUCCUGGAGAAAAACUUUAGUGAUCUGCAAAGACAACAGAAUAAGGACACAUGGAUGUUUUCUGCUGUUGUCUUUACUAUGAUGAAAGCUGACAAAGACAAAAUAAAAGAUAUGAAAGCAGUGAAGAGGCAGCAGAUCUACACAGUUGUCAGGGCUUUUGGACUUGAUUAA